UUGCAAAAAGUUGUUCAUUUCGAACUUCGGCUCAGCAUAUCCUAGAUAUUAACAGCGUUUUACUAAUUCAUUUUGGACUUCCGGAAUCUGUAAGUUAUCCUCUUGGUGUCAAUUUCAUUCACUUAUGAUUCGAUCCAGCUUCUUCAACUAGACUGGUUUUGGGGAACCAUCUCGGGAAAUUCCGGGACAAUUGAUAACUUUGCGUUUAUGUGCCCACAAAACCUUCCCCUUCUAUCAACAUUGUUUUGGGGGAAUGCACCCUCCCGAUCUUUCUUUGCAGAUUAUGCUUUCCCUCCCUCUGAACUCCGAGUUAAAACUUCAGGGUUUUUUUUGGUCUUGCAUUUCAGUUCUUUCCGGUAUCAUCUGGCUUCAAUCGAUCUCGUUGUACAUUGGUGUGAGCGAGUAAUCCAACUGCCCGCUUGGUUUCAUAAAGAGCAGCAGUUGAGAUGUUGGUCAGAAAACGUGUUGAGGGAUUAUCCAUUCAAUUGAGUUCAGGCGUGAGAUUUCAGCCAGUCAACGGAGGCGCGAGUUUACGUGCGCCACCCUUUAUCUCUGGUGUAUCCAAUAUUAUCAGGAGGAAGGUGGUUAUUCCUUCCUUCUGCGGAUGCAACUGUCCCUCCCUCUCUACAAUCCGUGUCCGAAUCCCCCAGUGGGGAUCUUUGUCAUUCAUCACAGAUGAGAUGGGACUUGGACGACGUUCUCCUGCGGUCACCCACCGGUGCAAAUCGGGCACAAGAGAGCAGCACGUGGCGAUGUAGAGAUUUGGGUUCUGUUGCACCUGCAAACCGAGAUACUUCUUGGGAGAGAGGGGGGAGAAGCAGAGAUUUCCCAUGCUGACAGAGACGCCGGAACCCAGCCGCAGCCAUCCAUCCGCCCAGGAGUGGGCUCUGUUCCCAUCUCCAGGCUGUUCACGCAGCCUGGGCCGGCAGACCCCUUGAGAUGGCGAAUGCUUCCAACAGUACGUUCCGCUGCGACGAGUCCUGCCCUCUCUUUCCUGUCUCCACCCUGAUCCCGGUGACGGUGGUCUGCAUCGUGCUGUUCAUCGUCGGAGUCACCGGCAAUGCGUUGACUGUCCUGAUCAUCCGAAGAUAUAAGGACAUGAAAACCACCACCAACCUCUACCUGUCCAGCAUGGCCGUCUCGGACCUGCUGAUCUUCCUCUGCCUGCCUUUCGACCUCUACCGCCUGUGGAGGUACAAACCCUGGCUCUUCGGGGAUUUCUUGUGCAGGUUUUAUCAGUAUAUCAACGAAGGUUGCACCUACGCCACCAUUCUGCAUAUCACGGCUCUGAGCAUCGAGAGGUACCUGGCCAUUUGCCUUCCUCUCAAAGCCAAGGUGUUGAUCACGAAGCGGAGAGUGAGGUCAGUCAUCGCUCUGAUCUGGACUCUCGCACUGGUGUCCGCUGGACCCUUCUUCUUUUUGCUCGGCGUGGAGCAGGAUAUGUGCAAACACACCGAAUACGCCGUCAACUCGGGGAUCCUCGAUAUUAUGAUCUGGGUCUCAACCGUCUACUUCUUCUUCCCCAUGUUCUGCCUCACUUUCCUCUACGGGUUCAUAGGGAGGAAACUGUGGAAAAACAAGGGCGAUAUCAAGGGUCCGAAUGCUGCAAACAGGGAAAAAUAUCACAAACAAACAGUCAAGCUCUUGGUUGUAGUUGUCUUGGCUUUUGUUGCCUGCUGGCUACCUUUCCACAUUGGUCGAAAUCUUUUCUCCACCCUCUCGAGGAGCGAGGGCCUUGACCUGUUCCAUUUCAGUCAGUAUUUCAACGUCGUCUGCAUGCUGCUCUUCUACCUGAGCGCCUCUAUCAACCCCGUCCUCUACAACCUCAUCUCCAAAAAAUACAGAACAGCGGCGCGCAAAUUGCUGUUUUCCCGCCAGGUUCGCAUGUGGUCAAUGUCCAGCAACAGGGAUACAAGGGAUGACACCUUGGGUGGUACCGAGACGAACACCAGCCUCUGAAAGAGGCCAAGGAAAAUAUAUGGGAUAAACAGGGAAUCACGGGGCGGAGAGAAACUCUUUCCAAGUGUUACAUUUCUGGAAACACGCACUCUCAAGUUCCCCUGCAGAAAUGUUUACAUUGUUUCCUGUUUGAAAUGGCUCGUUCUAUCAACAGUAUGGACAAAAUCACUCAGGCUAGUGAGAGGUAGGGAUUUUUAAAAAAUAUUUUGAACAAUCGCCAAGUUCUGGUAUAAAUUUGGUGAAAGUGUGUCGUUGCUUGUGUGUACAAGUUUGAAGGGAUGUGGGUUGGUUAUGAAUUCACAGUAGAAAACAGACUGAAGUUAAUAAAUAUGCCAUACACGAAUAUUCUCAGAAUUAUGCGGUAAGAGAUAUAGUGUAGUUACUCCAGUUAAAUAUUUGUGAACGACCUCAUCGGUUAAGAAGGCAGCAGAAGAUCUGUCCGCGGCCCCAUCACAGGCUGGACGGAACACUUUAAUGUUCAUCUCCUGCACGUUUCAACCAAAGGCCAUCAGCCGCAAAGCGGGGCUUAACUGCCUUCUUUUGACAUUGUCAUCCUCUGUUGCUGAACACGUCGCCUUACCAAGGUGACCAAUGAUCGGAAACUGCAACCUUCCUCAUCUACUGAGGCCCUCCGCCCCUGCAAAGUCUCUUCUAUCUUUCCGAGGCACAAAUUGAUGGGGAUGGCGGUGCCUCCACUUGCCGGCACAGAUGCAGCUUCAACAGCACUCAAGAAGCCUACAUGAUGGACACCCCAUCCACAGCUUAAACGCGACCUCCAGCGUGCACAUCCACAAAACGCACUGUACCAACGUGCGUUAAUUUGGUUGUAUCUCCCUGCCCCAAGACCUCCAACUCCUUCGGUCACAGACAACAAGUGCACAUUUCCUUCCCAAUCAUACGCGAUCCUGCCUUGUAUAUUGGUGUACUUUCAUUACCACCGAGUCAAAACCGGCAACCCUACCUAACAGCAGUGACUGUAGCGGUUCAAGAAAGAACCAUCAUCGCCUCAAGGACGAGUUCUGGACAAUUAAACUGCAUAGUGAGAAUGAAUGUUUUAAAGGAACUCCUUUAUAGACAAGCGAUGAUGCAUCGAUUCCCUCGUGGAAUCAUGGAUUUGUGGCAGUGGAAGUUGGGUGAUAGGGAAAGGGGUGGAUCCAGUCAGCACCACCCUGGUGCCAGGUUGAUUCAAGAUCAGAAGCAAAACGUGAGGCAUAUUUAACCAGUCCCUAAAUAAUUUAUCAACUGGGUGUAAUACAGAAAAUUAACUGUUUUGGUGUAUUAUGUGAAGAUGUGUGUAUUGUGACUCUGACUAAUAAUUACCCAUAUGUAAUAAUUAAAACUGGUAACAUGUGAUCUUUGGAGUCAAUAACCUCAACAGCCAUAUGCCCAUUCAAAGCCAAAGUAAUGUUAACUUAAUGAAGUAUCAUAAGUUGCCAUCACUGCUCAGAGACACUAGUGCGCUUCAAGAAGGAGCAAGCGGGUGAAAGAUACUGUCGUUAUCCCUCAAGCACUCUGUUUAACCAGGACUGCCCUUCAGUUCAUUCCGGGGCCAGAGGUGAGUAAAUCAAAUUGAUGGAUAGAUGGCUGGGCUAACAGACUGGAAGAACAGACUCAGGGGGCUGAAAUGGUCUCCAGAUCCUCUGUUCUUAUAAUUAUUUCUUCAAAUCUCAAACUGCUUAAAAACAGUUGGGGAAUAAGGAUUCAAAAUUGAACUUCAGUCCCUUAGGCAUUUGCAUAGCACCCAGACCAUCUUGCAUUUGGCUGUAUUUUUCUGUUGGAAGCAUCUUCGGUUCUCAGUGGUGCAGUUAACUACUUGAUAAUCCUGGAAGUGUGGGGUUUUGUCUCUUGCACUGGACCAGCCUCCAGAGAAGUGACAGUGAGUUGUUGACCUGCAGACUUUUGGUACUUUGUCCUUAAGAUUCCUCUCCCUCCCUUUUUCACCACACUCAGUCCUGCAACAUGGCCUGUCCCACGUAUAUUCCUCAAUUGACAUGACUAUAACAAUUUCAUUAUCUGGCUGCUAUUUAAGAUGUUUUGCAAUACACAAGUUGACUUCCUACAGUAACUAUUUUUCAAAAAUUGUCACAUUCUACCUUGAGAUUUUUUUAUAGGUAUGGGUACUACCUCAGAAUUUAAAGCUGCCUAUAUAAGGUAAAGCCAUUUCAAAUCCAAUUGCCAUAAUUUUGCCUUCCUACAUAAGUCACUACAUCUUGAGUGUCCAAAGUUUGAGGAGGCAGUUCAGAGUCAACCACAUUGCUGAGUUUGGACACACACAGGCAACAGCAGGUAAGGACAGUAUAUUUUGCUUUUGUUUUUAAAGGUCACUUAAUGAACCCAAUGAAUUUUUGCAACAAUACAGUAGUUUCAUGUACCACGGAGACUUAUUUUAAAUACAUGAAUUUAACGUCAUCAGUUGCUGUGGUGUGAUUUUUAAACUCAUGACCCUGGAUCCAGAACUCUGACAGCUACUCCACUCACUUAACCACUCCACUGACAUCUGCAUGAUUUUAAGAGAAAUAGUAGAUCUCAACCACCCACCAUUUAAACUUAAGGGUUUAAAUCCAUUUAUUUAAACACAUUUCAAAAAAUCCAUUUAUUUAAACACAUUUCAGUCUGUGGCCACCAACGAGUCUGUGUUCUGAUUGGAAUUUACCCUUCAAGCAACUGGCUGGGGGGGGGGGGGGGGGU